AUGAUAACUAAAUUCCUGUGUAUUGUCACAGUAGUGACUUUAUCGGAGGCCGAAAAGUUGAAUAGCGCUGAGCAAAAUUUUGUGUUGAAUCUGCAAAAUAGUUAUCGUCGACAGUUGGCCAGUGGAUCCGCAGAGACUUCGAAUGGAUUCAUGCCUGCCGGCGGGGAUAUUUAUGAACUGGUAAGUCUUGUUGGACAUUUGAUGCUCUUGUUGCAAUUAGCUACUGCGCAGUCGACUGUUGUCUGCAAAGCAACAGAAAAAUAUCCGUUUAUCACUUUCUAUGAAAAUUUAGACAUACGACUCCGACCUGGAAGACAAAGCUGAGCAAUGGGCCGAGAAUUGCAAGUUUGAACACCCAACUAAUAUCGACUAUGGUCAAAACAUUGCCAUGAGAGCGCCAGCAUUUGGCUCAACAGAUGCUUUGAGAGAAGGAGUCAACUCGUGGUGGGGAGAGAUCAAGGACUACACUGCUACGAACAAACUCAAUUUCGCUUCAACUACAGGGCACUUCACGCAGGUACGGAAUACUAGCGCUUGAAAAAUCAUUCUGAAACGUCAUUGAAAUCUCGAUGGCGGCAAGUAAUUCAGCUCCAUAGUUUUUCUACCGCAAUAUCUACCCAGUUUCAUUAGUUUCUCAUAUGCAGAAAUUCAUCCCUUGUAAAUAUCCCAUUUUUAGCUGGCAAAAGGUCGUGCUUCGAAAGUCGGAUGUGCCGUCCACAAUUGUACCACCGGGCUUAUCGGAUUUGACAGCUGGACAUUUACCGUUUGCAACUACGAUGUUGGCAAUAUUGUUGGCCAAGACUUGUAUACCUUGGGCAAUCCGUGUAGCAAUUGCGAAAGACGUUCAGCUUGUCACAAGGGAUUGUGCGUCGCUUAA